AUGUCCGUACCACCAUCUCCACCAGCCUCUCCCAAGGCUUCUGCAUACCCUGAGAACCAUCAACCACUCCAGUUUGAGCGACCGCCCCAUGUCUUCAAUCGCGGAACAUCGCCGCCAUUCACACUUCUCACGGCAUUGUUCAAGGACUUAGGAAAGGCGAAACCUCCAAAGCGUCGAGAUGCCCUGUCGAAAUGGUUUCAUAAAUGGCGCACAGAUGUGGGGAACGAUUUGUACCCAGCAAUGAGGCUUCUAGUUCCGCAGUGUGAUAAGGAUCGUGCAGUGUAUGGAUUGAAAGAGCAGGCUAUGGCUAAGAUAUAUAUCACGGUUCUCGAACUGGAUCCUAAGUCCAACACGGCGACAAGGCUAAGGAAUUGGAAGAAACCGAACUUCACUGAAUCGGGAACUGGUGACUUUCCAAGCGUGCUCUACGACUGCAUCAAGUCACGAGUAACCGCGGAAACGACUUUGACCAUUGACGAAGUGAACAGCCUUCUAGAUGAUCUCUCGGCUAGCACGAAGGUUCAAGCACAGGCUGCCGUAAUGAGCCGAAUUGCUGAGAGAUGCAGUGCGGAGGACCAGAUUUGGAUUGCGAGGAUUAUCUUGAAAGAUCUCAAAAUCGCAACCAAGGAGAAUACUGUCUUCUCAGUCUUCCAUCCUUCUGCUUUUGAGAUUUACAACUCCACCUCGGACCUGAAGCAGGUCUGCUGGAAGUUGUAUGAUCUGCAUUGUACUGCGAACAAUGAGGAUACAGAGAUCCAGCUCUUCCAUCCAUUUCAGCCCAUGCUUUGCAAGCGACCGAGGAGAGAGCUGCAGGAUGUUGUGAAACUGAUGGGUCGAAAGGAGUUCAUCAUCGAGGAGAAGCUAGACGGAGAGCGUAUUCAGCUCCACAAAAGAGGCAAGGAGUACUAUUUUUGCUCUCGGAAAGGGAAAGACUAUACGUACUUGUAUGGCCAACAUGUCGGGACAGGCUCCUUGACGCCGUUCAUUGAUCACGCUUUCGAUGAUCGAGUUAAGAACGUCAUCCUCGACGGAGAAAUGCUGGUUUGGGAUCCAGUUACAGAGCAUUACCUCCCUUUCGGCUGGCUCAAACCUGCUGCCCUAAACAAAUCAGAUGACCCUACGAAGAUGCACCCAUGUUUCAAAGUGUUCGAUAUCCUCAUGUUAAAUGACCAGCGUAUCUAUCGAUGGCCACUGCAUAAGCGAAAGGACGCACUACGGAAGGUAUUCCAGCCUGUACCAAACGUGCUGGAAUACGCCUAUGAAACGAGAGGCCGCACUGCCAAAGACGUGAAAACCGAGCUUGAAAGAGUCAUGGAUGACAGGGGCGAGGGUCUUGUGGUGAAAAACCCGGACAAACCCUACGUAUUGGCAGGUAGAGAAGAUGCAUGGUUGAAGGUAAAACCUGAAUAUGUGGACGAAAUGUCUGAAACAGUCGACGUUCUUGUUGUUGGUGCGGAUUAUGGCACUGGAAAAAGAGGCGGUGGCGUAUCCACACUUAUCUGUGCAGUACGAGAUGAUACCAUGUCAGGGAACGAUCCACAGCAAGUGAUUUUCUCUGUAAAUGAGCAUGCCGAUGACCGCGCCCGCAGCUUUCUGAGUUUUGUUCGAAUUGGAUCAGGUCUGAGCAUGUCCGACUUCGAAGAAAUCCGACAGAAGAAUUGGCGCGAGUAUACACCAGGUGAAGAGCUAGACUUCGUGAAGCUUGCAGACCGAGGAACAGAAGAUAAACCCGAUGUGUAUAUUCGGCCCGAGGAUUCAUUUGUCAUCACGGUUAAGGCUGCCGAGAUUGUAACUUCGGAAAAAUAUGCCAUGGACUGGACCAUGAGGUUUCCACGGUGUCGAGCUAUUCGGAGAGACGCUACUUGGGAAGACGUCAUGACUGUAAAGGAGAUCCAUGAUAUGAGAACAGGUGGAAGAAAGCGUGAAGCGUCAUCGGAUCCGUCACGCAACAAACGCCGCAAGGUCAACCAGCAGUUGGUUUUGCCCGCCUCGUCCAUGGGCACCAACGUGAAGAACAUUCAAGUCAAGAAUGACCUCUUCGAUGGUCUGCGAUUCGUUAUAUUAGAGGGAAUGGAAAACCAUGAUAAAAGUAUGCUGGAGAAGCUUGUGCACGAGGGAGGUGGCAAGUUCCAGCAGCUCCUUAAGGGCGAUGAUCUCAUCGUUAUUUCGAGUCGGCUCGGAUUCCCGAAGGCGAAUGCAGCCGUUAAGAAAGGGUUUGACAUCUUGACACCAAGAUAUAUCGUCGACUGCGUCGAUCAGGAAGAGGUCCUACCGAGGCAGAAUUAUCUUACAGCGGAGCAGUCGGAGACGGAGGCAGACCACGACGAGCGGGCGACCGACGAAAUGGAGAUCAAGAAGGAUGAAGACGAAGAUCAUAAGCGUCUGUCCGAGGUUCAGGAACACCCGGAAGAUGCUGGGUCAGACACAGAAAUUUCAGAUUAUCAGGAGCCGGAGGAUCACGACAUUGACGAGCCGACGGACGAUGAGGAUUACUCGGCCCGACCCCCUCUGGAUGAAGCAGUCGUGGGUGGUGUGAGUAAAGUGCAGAUUAGCGCUCCCCAGCCUUCGCAAGAAGUCAACCCACGGCUUGUGAAGGACGAGCACAUCAUCGAAGAUGCCACGGGAACCAAAGCACAGACAUCUCAGGAAGCGAUGGACGAGGACGAACCAGCUGAGGACGAUACGGAGAAGAUCUUCAGUCAUUUGGUCUUCUAUCUCGACUCGCCUGCAAACGCUCAGAACAACGCACUGACUUCUCCUGAGACGGUGAAGAGCAGCAUUGUGGCAAAAUUUGAUUCUUUGCGGCCUCUCAUCUUAGAGUAUGGGGGGAAAAUCACGGAUGACAUCCAUGACACGAGAAUCACGCACAUUAUCGUCGACAAACGUGACAAGACGAGAAUAUCAGAGCUCCGAAGCAUCACUCAGACUGGAAACAAGUAUCGUCAACAAGUCACAGCCGACUUUGUGACCGACAGCAUAGAUGACGGCGCACUGGUUUCAGAAUCUGUUUAUCGUCCAUGACACCCUUCAACCACUGUAUUACUGUAAAGGUUCUAAUACUACAUGUGCUCCGCAUUGUGUGAUGAUAUCAUCAUGCUUAUAAAACUUUUGGAUAGUCUAAUCAUCCUCCCAAGAAUCACGGACAUGUUCGAGGGACGGUGCAGGGACAGAUGGAGUGGAAACAUGGGAGGACGACGCUGCCGGUGUGCUACUGCGGUUAGAAACAGCUGGUCGCAACGAUGGGGUACCCCACGCCGACACAGGCGUAGUAGCUACAGGUGGCGGAGCAGCAACGACAGCUGCUGCUGACGUCGGCUUCGGGCUGGACACGCCCCAGCCUCUAACGGCAGGUGAAGCAGCAGGCCUGAGCCUGUUCAAACUGACAAGGCCAGCACCUGCUGGUCUCACAGGUGGUGCUGGCGGCGUAGCGACCUCGGAAAUCAUAGGCGUAGGGAUUCGUGAAUCGACCCUCCGUACAAGUUGAGCGCUCCUAUUCGGGCCAGAGUCGACAUAGUCCACAUCGAGCCUGUAGAUAUUCGCCAUCUCGUGCAUGAACCUUUGCCGCGCGGAGACCAUCGGCGGCAGGAGCUGGGUCUUCUUUGGUCCCUGGAUAAACUCGUUCAGGUUUCGCUCGGCCAUGCUUGCCCACUCGCGAUUUUCCCGGAAAAAAGUGACGAGGCGUUCAGGCCAGUCCGUUGCUGCUAACUUGGACUUUGUGCCUUCAGAUAUCCCAAGUGCUUCAGCAAGGCGUGCAUUGCGCUUGGCGACAGCGCACUCCUGGCCGCACUUGAGUUGUGUGCUGGCGCGUGAGGUGGGGGAGCCAGUACAAGCGCCACACAGGGCUUGCUGUUUUAGUCUUCCACAUGCGCAGAUGAGGGUGAUCUGCGCCGGGCAGGGUUCGGUCUCCGGACACGCCGAGGGCGCAUGACAUUGGACCGGACAAGGAUGCUUACACAAUUUGCGGGGCUUGCCGCACACCUGCGAACAAGGCUCGCACUCUCCCGAAUGACAGAGUUUUUCACAGCUGUGGAAGCCACAGUCCAGCAGUUUCCCGCAGACGGUGCCACAGCCGACAUUUUCCUGCGAACAGCGGACGUUCGGCACGAGCGUCUUCCCGCAGGCGCAGCGUUUGGUGGUGAGGAAGGGACAGGGCGGGCAUUCGCCUUCUUCGUGGCAUGUAUGCUGGGUUUUCGGGUGGCCGCAGGGCGGUGCUGCGCGGGAGCAGGGGAAAGGGCAGUCGAUGACCGUGCCACAUGGGAUGGGGGGCAUGAGUACCGUCCGCCCACAAUGGCAUACAAGCUCUUCGAAGGAGCUCUGCAAGCAUGAAGGGCAGGCACCACGAUGAUCAGGGAGGGUACAAUUGUGUUUCCUGCAGGUGAGCAGUUUGCCGCAGAUGAUAUCGCAGUCGUGCCACCCUUCGCGGUCGUCUUCCGGUCUGCCGAGUAAGGCUUGCUCGAGAGCCUUGCGCUUCCCCUUGGAGACUUUACCUUGCCACGCCAGGGGACAGCAGAGACGGGAGCAUAUAUGCCGUCCGCAGUGGCGAAGUGCGCGACACGGGCGGUCGCAAAGAAUUUCGGUGUUGGCGUUGGUGCUGCUAGUGGCUUGGGAACAGGGGACGACGCGGACGGUCUCCCCGCAGCGGCAGGAGAGAGAGAGGGGAACGACGCAAGGCGGGCAAGGGCCAAGGUGGCACGGCUGUGGGCAGAGAUGGUCACAUCCUUGUAGCAGCUUGGAGCAUACCUUGCCACACGUUGGGAUCGGGUCGGUGCAUUUCUCGCGCUUGCCGUUGGGAAGGUCGGCGAGGGGCGUCUGCGUGCAUGGACAGGUGGUGAUGAGUUCCAGAUCCGUAGGGCAGGGCAGGGGAACGGCGGGCGGAGGAUGACAGUGUUCUUGGCAAGUGUGGAUACCGCACUUGAACGGCCUUCCACAGGGAUGGGAACACUCAUACCUCCCCUCCCACAUGCCUUUCUCCAGAUCGACACAUGCCAGCGCCUCUCCCUCUCCGCAAGCAACCUCCUUCGUCUCCUUUCCGCAGUAACAGCGGACUGUUUCUCUCACCCCGCACGGCGCACAAUCACCGGGAUGACACUCGCUCUCACACGUAUGCUUGCCACAGUUUAAUGGCCUGCCACACGUUUGCGCGCAUGUCAUCUCCGGAGGAUGAGCACCAGUGAGGUGGGAACACCUCCAUGCCAGUAGCUUUUUCCCGCAAUAACACGGUCGUUGGACGGUGACCACGCAGGGCGGGCAAGGGCCGGGAUGGCACAGGAGCGGGCAAGGAUGCUCGCAUUUCUCCCGCUUGCGAGAGCAGGACUCGCCACAGCUGUGCGGGGUAGACAUCCUUCCAGCGCCUGGGCCGGCCAGGCGCCCGCAGAAGCAGCGGUACUCGCGUGGCACUUCCGUACGCCGGGUCUGACACCCGGGGCAACGCCAUUCUCCUUGCCUCUCUUCUCCUCUCGCUAACCACGCCUCUCGGGUCUCCUUGACGCUCUUGCCGGCCCAUUCGCGGAUGCAGCGCAGGUGGAAGGGCGUCCAGCAGUUGGAAGGAAUUCCGGGUGAAGGUGUACAGCUCCAGAUCGGUUGUGCAGGGUGCAGGGCGGAAAAGCAGAUUGGGCAGUCAGCGUAUGGUGGAUGGGUGAUGGAGUGGGUUAGGCGAGUGGUGAGGUCAGCAUUUGCGGGAGGGGCGUGGUAUGCGUGUGAGCGGCUGCCUCCGGAAGGUGCAGGCGCAGGCGCAGAUACAGGGUCGGACGGCGUAGUCAACGCUGCACCAAACCUCUUGCGUCUGUCAUUCUUCGGUGCCGGUACAGAGCUGGAAGAUGCGUGUACGGUAUCGUCCACAUCUCCAGUAUUAGAAGACGCACUUGGGCCAGUACUUGCGUCCCUCUUCUUCUCGCUCUCCGGUUGUUCAGGCCCGUGUUUCUUCGGUCUUCUCCUUCUCCGCUUGUGACCUUCUUCUUGCCCUUCUGGUGCAGGUCCGUCAGAGAUCUGCAAACCCGCAACGGCAGUAUGCAGCUCUCCCGCUUGAGAAGCGGACGCAGGAACGGAUCCAUCCGCUCGACCGCGCCCUCUCUGUCUCUGUGCUCUGGGGGGGCCAUCAGGCUGAGAUAGAGGCUGCGACAGCUCUACGCCCUCAGGCGGAGCAUGUCCUUGGUUGGUGUUCUGAUUUGGGCCAGGAUGAUUAGCCCUAUUAUGCGGCCGUGGACGGUGUCGCCGUCUGGCUGGCUGAGGCUGGUCGCCGGGACCUGUUGGGGGCGCUGGAGGAGGAUCCAUGCCGCUCAGGCUGGAUAUGAAGUUGGCUUGGUAAGUUGCGCUCAGUGAUA